AAAUUUAGCCGUGCCUGGUGUUGGGUGCCUGUAAUCCUAGCUACUCGGGAGGCUGAGGCAGGAGAAUUGCUGGAAUCCCGGAGACUGAGGUUGUGGGGAGCGGAGACUGUGCCAUUGCAGUCCAGACUGGGUAACGGAGCAGGACUCUGUCUCAAAUCAAACAAAAGGCAUAAAAAUAAUGUGCUCUAGCCAGGCGCGGUGGCUGAAGCCGGUAAUCCCAGCGCAGUGCGAGGCCAAGGAGGUCGGAUCGAUUAUGCCCCUGAGUUCGAGACCAACCUGGGCAAUGAAGUAGUUACAUAAUAAAAUGCAGACUUGUUCUCUCCACUUUGCGAGGUAGGAAACGAAGGAUCGGGAAGGUUAGGUGAGUUCUCCAUGUCACCGCGCUGUGUAAGCGGUGCAGUGGAGACUCAAGUUCUGUUCUCUCCUAAGCCCGGCGCCCGUCACCCUCGGUGAGUCUGGACGUCCGCCCGCCUGGCGCAGCGACCCCAGCCUCCAGCGCCCUCCUCUGACGAGGCUGGGAUUCGCACGCCCGCUCGCGUCUGGGACAGGGUCUCUGCCCCUCCUCCGGGGCGGUGGUCCAGUGACGUCACCGCGUCUUUAAGACCCCCGCCUCCGCCGCUUUCCGGACACUCGGCUUAGGAAUUUCUCUUAUCCAUUUCGCAGUGCAGCUCCUUCACCCUCACCAUGGCCUCUGCCGGAAUGCAGAUCCUGGGAGUCAUCCUGACAAUGCUGGGCUGGGUGAAUGGCCUGGUGUCCUGCGCCCUGCCUAUGUGGAAGGUGACCGCCUUCAUCGGCAACAGCAUCGUGGUGGCCCAGGUGGUGUGGGAGGGGCUGUGGAUGUCCUGCGUGGUGCAGAGCACAGGCCAGAUGCAGUGCAAAGUGUAUGACUCGCUGCUGGCGCUGCCGCAGGACCUGCAGGCCGCUCGAGCCCUCUGUGUCAUUGCCCUCCUUGUGGUCCUGUUCGGCUUGCUGGUCUACCUUGCUGGGGCCAAGUGUACCACCUGUGUGGAGGACAAGGAUUCCAAGGCCCGCCUGGUGCUCGUCUCUGGGAUUGUCUUUGUCAUCUCAGGGAUCCUGACGCUAAUCCCCGUGUGCUGGACAGCGCAUGCCAUCAUCCGGGACUUCUACAACCCCCUGGUAGCUGAGGCCCAAAAGCGGGAGCUGGGGGCCUCCCUCUACCUGGGCUGGGCAGCCUCGGCCCUUUUGUUGCUGGGUGGGGGGUUGCUGUGCUGCACUUGCCCCUCGGGGAGGGCCCGGGGCCCCAGCCAUUACAUGGCCCACUACUCGCCAUCGGCCCCUGCCGUCUCUCGGGGGCCCUCUGAGUACCCUACCAAGAAUUACGUCUGACGUGGAAGGGAAUGGGGGCUCCGCCAGUGCUAGAGCCAUCCAGAGGUGGUAGCGCCCAAUAACUUUGGGAUCUUUUGUUUCUGCUUCCUACUGCUGUCCUUUUGACUGAGGGUAUUUAAAAUCCAUUGAAGACAACCAAGAAGGUGACUCAGACUCCCACCUGGGCUCUGCUGUUUCUCACCUUGGGAUGAUUGAACCAAAGAGGGGAUGCUUUGAGAUUCUGGAUCUUUCUCCACCCUAGAGAUGCCCAUCUUAGAAGCCAGUUGAGCUGUGGAACUAAUGUGGAGGCUGCUUGCUAUGCUGGCCUUUGGGACAAGACAGACUGUCCUCAAGAGUUCCUGCUGCUGGGAGCUGGGCUUCCCUAGACUUAUCAGGACAGCCACCCCUCCAUCCUACUCAGGCCUCUGGAGCCCCACUCUUCACCCCUGGGAAAGCAAGUGAUCCGUUAACAAAGGACUACCCUCCUCCAGAACUUUGGACCUUCUCUGUCCUGAUAGGACGUCCACACCUCCAAAGAUCCCAGAUGUGUAGACCCCCCACUCCCACCUCCAAUACUGUACCCUUCUGCCCUGCCCAUCCUGCCCUGCUUACACUCAUGUUUUUACCAAAUAAAGCAUGUUUUGUUGGUGU